AAAAACUUUAAACGGUUAAGACAGGAGUGUUUAUACUGCGUGAUGCCAGGGUUGUGUGGUCUUGUUGAACUAUAAAUACCUCUUGCAAUGCUUUAAGAAGUGUUAACAGAAGGUUCAAUGUAUUGUCUGCUGUUAGUCACAGUCGUUAGCAAAAAGCAACGACCGGACUAGCCGCUUACAUGAAUGAAUAAACCUACUGGGUUCACAUGGAGCUGGCUGGUGUUCGGGUUUAAUUUGAACUGCUGCUUUUGACUUAUUUGGUAGUCAAACUGCAGGUCCGUCUGCACCCGCGGUCACCUGUUACUAGAAGUUAGCGGUGAGCUCGCGAGCUUAUCUAUUGUUAGCUUAGUGCUAGCAGGCUAAUGUGCAAUGGAAACGGGGGAGCCGCUAGAUCCGGAAUAUGUUGAGAAGGCCAAGGCAUUCUGGAACAAUGAGGAUGUGGAUCAGGUCUUCGAUGUGGUUUUCAAGUACCUGGAGCACCUGAAGGCAGUUCUGAAGAGGAGUGGAACCACAGAUAAAGAGUAUGUCCAGGCCUUCAAGCUGCUAGAGCAUCUGGACUGCUCCUCCUCCUUGGCCUCCCUCCAGGACCAGGACAGCUCGGUGGUUCAGGUGGUCAUUGGCUCAGAAGAGCUGCUGCCAGCUGACAUCCUCCAACACAGCCCUUCAUCCUCUUGCUCCUCCUCUUCAUCCUUCUUGCCUCCUUUUAAUGGGUUAUCCAGUCCAACAGCGUCUCCUGCUGGCAGAGAGGAGCUGCUGCCUCCCCUCGUGCCUGUCCAGCUGCAGUACCACCUCCACACCUGCUCCAAGUCCUGCCUGCCCUGUUUGCCGAGCAUGACUCAGUCCACGCCGCUAUUCUGGGGCCAGAACCCGCUGAAGAUCCCGUUGCUCUGCGGCUUCAAGAGGCUGACCGCCAUGCCACUGAUUUCACCCGCCAAAGAGGGCGUGCUUUGGGACCACGGGGACCAGGAGCAGGAAGACGUAGGAAACUGGGACGUCAUCUACAAGGCACCAUGUGGGCUGAGCCUCCGUAACCAUGACAACGUAAUGCUUUUUCUGGAGGCUACAGAGAGCUAUGACAUCCUGCAGGUUGACUUCUUCACCUUUAACCCCUCCGUGCGGUUGGACCCUCCUUCACCAGGGGGCCUUCGGCAGCCUGAACAGGACCUGAGCCGAGGGGCGGAGCCAAUACCGGUGGAGCUGUGCGUCGGGGACGGUGGCUCCCGGCCUGCUGAAUUCCGCUACAGGAAGGACCGCUGGCCACAUGGCUGCUUCCUGAGCCGCGGCCCAAAGCUGUUCAAGGCCUGCUGUGACUGCACAGAUGGCUGCAGUGAUGCAAAGCGCUGCGCCUGCAUGGCCUUGACUUCUGGAGAGCGCCACUAUCGCCAUCACAGGCUGUUACAGGCCAACCCAUCAGGGCUCUUUGAGUGUGGCCCGUGGUGCGGCUGUGACCGAUCUCUCUGCCAGAACCGUCUCGUCCAGAGAGGCAUCAGAGUCCGACUCCAGGUCUUCCAGACUGAGAACCGUGGCUGGGGGGUGCGUUGUCGUGACGACCUGGACCGUGGGACCUUUGUGUGCAUUUACGCAGGUGUGGUGCUGCAGAGGGUCCUGAAUCCCACCGAACCACCGCCGCCAAAGUUGACGAGGUCCGACCUGCCGUCUGACGAUGAGGUGGAGGUCGUCACGGAGUGGCUGGCCCCACCUGUGCUGGAGGGCCGACGCAAUGUGUUGGAAACGCCCCCGCCUAUGUCUCCGCCUACCUCACCUCUUUUGCAUGUCCCUGUGAUUCAGAGACCCUCCGACAGCGGCUCCAGCACCACAGACCAAGAAGAGAUUCAGGCGGUGCUGGUUGGAGGUCUGCAGCCGACGUCUCCUUCAUCAGGUGAUCAAGAGCAAGACGAGAAGGUGGCAUCGAUGUCGGAGAGCGCUGGUGUGAAUGGUACAAAGGCGAGCAUGAGCUUAAAGAGAGCAGUGAAGGUGGACGAAGUUUGUUUUGUGGACGCAAGCAAGGAGGGAAACGUGAGCCGCUUCAUCAACCACAGCUGCCAGCCGAACCUUUUCAUCCAGAAUGUCUUCAUCGACUCCCACGACCCCGCCUUCCCCGUCGUUGCCUUCUUCACCAGCAGGGCCGUAGUGGCUGGCACUGAGCUCACCUGGGACUACUCUGCCAACGUCCAGAUCGAUUCACUGCAAAAACAGGAAGUGUCUUGUCUCUGCGAAAGCGACAAUUGCCAUGGGAGAUUCACCAUCGAGGAGAACCUAUGUGACGUUUGUGAGGUCGAAGGUCACAUAGCAAUGGAGGCCAAGUGAUCCUCCAUACAGUUUGUUAGUAACAGUUUUGGUAUUUAGAGUUUUUUUUCCUAAAAAGCAAUAAAAGUUCAGCUAUUUUACUCUGAAAGUUUUUCAAGUCUUUAUUAUUGGGAAGGCUUUAAUUUUGAGAACCCUUUUUCUGUGUUUGAGCUUUUAUUUUUGUGUCUCUACUUUGGUCAUUUUAUUUUGACACUGCCAUGGAUUUAAUGUUCAAACAGCCAGUACAACUUUUCUCUUGAAACUGGUGCCCAAAGUGUCAAAGUUCUGUGUUCAUUUUUAAGCAAUAAUAAACGUUGCUUUGAAAACCUUCAACAUGAGUAAAUGGUUUACUAUUGGUGCAGCUCUUUGGGGGAUUUGAAAUUGUAUAUAAAUGUCCGAUUGUAUUUAUUACAGCGUUUAUUUAAAAAUAAAAAAUAAAUAAAAU